GGGAAUUCUUAGGGGCCUUGUGAACCCGGCGGGCCGAGGCCGUCUUCCCCUGGGCCCGGCCGUUCCUGUUGGCUGCAGACGCAGACCGCGAGCUCGAGGACUCUGGUGUCCAGUUUCCCUUGACCUUGAGGACCCGGGAAGGUCGUAUGAGCCAUGGCUAUGACUAGCAUCAGAUUGCCCAGCAGCGUUUUAAGAAAGCCAGAUGCCUGGAUUGGGCUUUGCGGAGCGCUACGAGGGACACCUUCACAUAAACACUGUGCUUCCUGGAAUCGAUACUUAUAUUUGUCUAGUACCAAGUUAAAUGCUUCAAAUUAUAAAACAUUUUUCCAUAACAUUUUCUCACUGAGACUCUCAGGGCUUUUAAUAUCUCAAGAAUAUAUUUUCCCAUUUUCCAUAAGACUCAAAAGUAAUGUAAGCUCUAAAAAAUCCACUAAAAAGACUCUGCAAAAAGUGGAAGAUGAAGGGGACUCUGAUGAAGAGAGUGAGCAUCAUGAGAUGAGUGAGCAGGAAGAGGAGCCAGAGGACGACCCCAGUGCGGUCAGAGACCAUAAGGACCUGGACAAAGUAGUGCAGUCUUUCCGAUAUGAUGUUAUCCUGAAGACAGGCCUAGAUAUCGGGAGAAACAAAGUGGAAGAUGCAUUCUACAAAGGUGAACUCAGGCUGAACGGGGAAAAAUUAUGGAAGAAAAGCAGAACGGUGAAAGUGGGAGAUACAUUGGAUCUUCUAAUUGGAGAGGAUAGAGAAGCAGAAACAGAGACAGUGAUGAGGAUUCUCCUGAAAAAAGUGUUUGAAGAGAAGACCAGCAGUGAGAAAUACAGAGUGGUGUUACGGCGGUGGAAACAGUUAAAAUUGCCUAAAAAAUGUACGCUCAAAUAAAUGGAUUGCUUUUUAGCGAUAAAGCUGCUUUCUAGUGGUGGGGGAAGGGGCCAGGUUAAAAAGAGGACGUUUUUAUUAAAAUAAGGUUCUCCUACCA